AUGAGGAAGCGCAAGACAUCCUCCUUGGACGAAGUCGACAGUUCCGGCAGCGAGAUGGAAGUAGAUGGUGAGGAGAAAAUGGAUGUGAACGAAGUAGAUGAUGUCAACUCCUCUGACGAACAAUCUGAAGCUGAAGAACCAGCCACCCAUUUUGUUCCUAAAGACAAUCCAUUUCUAGACUCCUUCUACGGCUUGUCUUCCGAGGAUCCGAGAGAAAGGUCAAAUUCAGCAAAGACAAUGCUUCACCAGUGUCUGUUGGGUCCAGAUGCCAACUCAAAGGAUGCUUCGUACGCUUUGCGUCGCCUUUUGAACGGUCUUUGUUCGGGAAGGGCGGCAGCUCGACAAGGAAAUGCAUCGGCUUUAACAAGUUUUCUGAAAGCUUCUUUUCAACUGGACAAAAUCCAGGGCAUUCGAAGUGAAAUGGAAGGAGAUGACCCGACCGGUGGAACACCCCUAUCAUUCAUUAGAACGAAAUUGCUUGCUGCCACUGACCCUAACCAAAUUUCCGGCAAGAAGAAAGGAUCAGAAGAACGGGACUAUCAAUUUGGAAGAUUGUUUGGGAUCCUUGGUGUGAUUCGCAGCGGUAUUCUACUACCCGAUGACUACGACGAUGACAAUAUGUCGAAUGUUGUUGAAGUUGUUAGCGGUUUUGUUGAAGAUCUUGCUGAGCUGUUUUGGCUCAAGAGAUGGAUGAGAGAACCUGCUACGCAUGGAAUUGCAACGCUUCUGAAGUCUUUCUAUCAGGGAUCACCAGAAAAGGCCUGUACGCAAAUCUUGAAUCACAUCGUCAAUAGAAUCGUCAUUCCAAAAGUUUUUUUGAAGGAAGAGGGCGAGAGAAGCCUUGAAGUUGUAUUGGAGACUUAUUGUGCUGAACAAAUCGGACUGGCUUGUUUUAUCCAGUCACGGGCAGGGCCUCGCGGAGACAAGCUGUCAUUUCCGCUAAAUGAAGCUGUGCUCUCUGCCGAAACCGUUAUUCUCAUCAGCGAUGCCUUGGCAGAAACCAGUGUAGUGGUGCAGCCAAGAAUGCAUUUCGUAUGGGAUUCACUGUGGUGCUAUCUAUUUGAAAUGAAAAAUAACGAAGGUGGCAAGGAGAUACAGUGGGAACUACAAGAGACAUGCGCAAUCAAUGGUGGUAAAGCAGUUGAAAUAUUGGAGCAAAUUGUCAAAACGAUUGUCGUAAAGAAGCUUCUUGGGAUUGACUCUGAGAAAGGUGGCGGAACGUCGAAGGCAACACACGAGCGUCGGUCUUUAGCGUUGUGCAUUGUCAAAACUCUCUGCGGUGUUACAUUUGCUUCAUCUAUUUGUGGUCCGUCAAAAUUGCUGGUUGACAACGAAUCUAUCGGGAGAUUUGUUCUCUCCCCGAGCAUAAUUCGUCGUCUCUUCGUAGACACCAUUUGUGCUGGGAAACAGAAUAAGUCGCAGUCGUCGCACUUGUUGAAGCCUUUGGCUCUAGAGGUGCUGGCUUCAAUGUCUUCGAGCUACUCGACCACCGAUGCUACAACAGCGGAAAGGCGCCUCACAAUUGCCAAAGCAUUCCUGAAAGCCGAGGUCCGUUUUGACUCUAGAACAAAAACGUCGGCCGUUGAAGAUAUGCUUGGACUCACUGUGGCAGUAGAAGAACAAAAUGAGCACUUUUUUGCCCUUGUUGACCACUACCUUCGCUUUCUGAAAGAUCAGUUCUUGUCCGCUUGCGCAGAUGCUGACGAGUCUACGGCUUUGGCAACAGGAUUCGUUGAGGCCAUGUACAGUGCAGUCAAGCGAAUCAUUCGAGUAGACGGAGAAAAUAAAGCCGAAGUGGCUUUAUGGAAGAAGACAUCGGUUCGCGGGGUGGUAAACUUUUUCAUGGCAUCGGCUUUCUUUGAUUGCUCUGAUGUGAAAAAUAGUAAGGGCAAGAAGAAAAAGAGAAAAAGCACUGGAGAUCAGAACAGUAUUCGUAGCUGUGCGACUUCUGUGAAGGAUGUCGAAAUUCCACACAGUAUCCGAUCAAUCAUCUCUGCAAGGUUCUUCUCGCUGGUUGCUGAUUGCAUACACCAGGAGACGCACCAAAAGUCAGGAACCGGUCAAGGAAAGUUGGAAAAGGAUGCGAUUGCUCUUUCUUUCCUAUCGGAAACGCAUCAAGGCUGGCUUGAAUUGGAAACUGCUGGGGCGAAGAGAUAUUCCAAUGCCACAGUUUCAGAUGAUGACAAAUCUGAAAAUCCGGAUGCCCAUCUUGUAAUACAGGGCAUUGGGAAAAUGAUGACCGAGAUAUCUGAUGCGCAGCGCAAAAACCCUGAGAACUCUCUGAUUGAAGCCAAGAAGCGUUGCUGUACGGGUGUUUCAACAUUUGCCUACACGCUUUAUCUUCAUCGUUUGAACUGUACCAAGGAUGGCGACGAAAUGGAUGAUAAUCCUGAUGCAGAUGAAGAAGAUGACGAGGAAGAGAUUUGCAGCGCACUUACAAGCUUGAAUGAAAUCCUUCAAGACUUCAUGGCGGGUGGUGUUGAAGAAAACCCACUAUCGGGACUUUCUGAACUUUGCGCCAACAUUUUAUCAUCGCCACUAGGUUCUGGUGAGAUCGGCCGGGGAGCAUCACCGAAAUUGAUUCGAGAGUCUGUUAAGUUUGCUUGGCUCGGUGGGCUGAAACUAUCCUCCGCGUUAGCAACAAAAGACCGCACAUUCCUUGAUAGUGAAGUGGUCAGUACCUUGAUGGAUGCGGUCGGUGCAAAUGCAGGUGAGGAUGAUGAAAUGGAUGGAGAGGAUAGCAAUGGGGAUGGGGAUUCCAGUGAUGGAGAAGAUGAUGAACGCGGAAUGCAUGAUGAAGACGUCUUCAGUAAGGCGUCAAAUUUAAUUGAUUCUGAAUCAAUGGAGGUUGACGACGAACAAGAGCGAGCCGUUUCUGAAGAGGACGAGUCGGAUGUAGUACUGGAUCAAGACAAGCUUCAGUCCAUGCUUGAGGAGGACAGCGAUAGUGAUGCUGAUCCUGAUGUCUUGGAGCACCAUGAAGGUGCAGAUGCAGCUUUAGCGAAGUUAAUCAGGCUGAAGCAAGGUGCUCGAAAAGCGGGACAGCAAGCAAGAGAAAAAAUUGAGGUGCAAAAUCAACUACGGUGUACAAUUCUUCUUGAAUUGUUGUUCGGACGACCAGAUGCAUGGAACAACUUGUUCAGAACCGAAAUCGUUGCAUCCAUGUUGUUGCCGCUACUACGUCUUCGCAAGAAGACUGAAAAAUCAAUGGACAAGGCCACUGAGAAUCGUCAGAAAUCUGGAUACGCUGAAAAAAGAUCUCUUGUAGAGAAACUCACAUCCCUGUUGACGACGAAGAUCUUUAAACUGAAAGUGUCGUCAAUGCCCAUGUCCUCGCUCUUAGGUACAGAAAUGGCAUCCAAGUUGAUAGAGAGUAUUGCAGAUGAAGUGAGGCGCACAGAAAGCAAGGACCAGUCCAAGUGCUGCAGUAAUGCAAUUGCCUUUUUGCUACGAAACGUCGAAAACGUGGAAGAGGUAAUAUCGUCAAUUUCCACCUUCGAAAACCUAGUCGAGGAGUGGUCGAAUAAACGAUCUACCCGUAUUGGCGGCUCCUUCUUUGACGAGUUAAUCGUGCACUCGCCGCACCUAUCCCAAGCUAUUCUCUUGUCUCCGCUGGCAAAGGCAACCCAAAGCGGACGCUCUCCAUUUUUAAAAACAGAGGUCUUUCGAAUUCUUUCCUUGCUUUUCGCUGCAAGGCCGAGCUCAGCGUCUUCAGAGGCAGAAAAGAUUGCCGCUGAUUGCAUCAACAGUAACCAACAAGAGCUCCUGGCUGCCAUCACAAAGACGCUGGAGGACGAAGAAAUGAAGAAACCAAAGCGUGCUCGCGCCGUUCUCAAGGCCGUAGAGAAGUUUGUUCCUUGCAUUGAAGAGAGCUCUUCGGAAUGCCUCGAAAAACUGGACGCUAUGAAGUCACAAGUUGUCAAGUUAGAAGCUAGUGAGAGCAACGCUAUCAAGUCAGCUUGCAAUAAGCUGGUAGGAGAGAUUGAUGGCAAAAUCAGCGCAAUCAAGAAGGAAUACGAGAAGCUACAACAACAGUCAGUCAAAAGUCCAACACUCAGCAGUUCCACGAAGAAGAAAAAGAAGAAGAAGAAAAAGAGGUAG